GGUGGGCGCCGGCCCGGUGCGGGCGGGCAGAUAUAGGGCUGGCGUGACAGCUGGACCAAGCGAGAAACUUUUGUUCUGUAGUCCUUUAAAAGGGGCUUCGGGAGAGGGGUGUACGAAUCCGAUCGCUGACAUCUCCCUCAUUCCCUGUGUGCGCAGAAGGGAAACUGAGGCAUAGGAAGAUGAUGAUUUUUUUUUUGGGGGGGUGGGUGGGAGGCAUCCUCCUCCCGGGCAUGGGGGUGGGAGGAACCGUGCACCCCUUAGACAGUGCAAUAGAGAAGCAUCCCCUGCCAGCCUGCCAUGCCUCCCCGCCCCCCCUUUCCCCGUCUCAUUACCCCCCCCCCUCCAUGCAGGGCUGGGGGAGGGCGGGUGGGAGGAGACGCGGGCUCCGGCGCGGGCGGCGACAGCGACAGUCACCUCCUCCUGCAAGUGGCCGAGGGCUGCGGUGUCCGUGUCCCGGGAAAGGGGGGACCCUGCGGGGUCCCGGGAGAGGGUGGAACCGGGGGGAGCCGCCGAGCCCCCGCCGAGCCCGCCGCCGCCGGGCCUCCCCUCCCCCAGCAGCGCGGGCGGGCGCCAUGCGGGGGGGCCCGGGGGGCGACGCGGAGCGGCGACAGCGCUGGGGUCGCCUCUUCGACGAGCUGGACAGCAACAAGGACGGCCGUGUGGAUGUCCAGGAGCUGCGCCAGGGGCUGGCCCGACUGGGCGCCGGGGACCCGGAUCGCGGAGCCCGCCAGGGUGUCUUCCCAGAGGGAAGCAGUGGCUCCGAGGCUGGGCUGGACCUGGAGGAAUUCAUCCACUACCUGCAGGAACGGGAACAGCGUCUCCUUCUUCUGUUCCACAGCCUGGACCGGAAUCAGGAUGGUCACAUCGAUGUGUCUGAGAUUCAGCAGAGCUUCAGGGCUCUGGGCAUUUCCAUCACCAAAGAGCAGGCCGAGAAAAUUCUACACAGCAUAGACCAGGACGGCACAAUGACCAUCGACUGGCAGGAGUGGAGAGACCACUUCCUGCUGCAUUCCCUGGAGAAUGUCGAAGACGUGCUUUACUUCUGGAAACAUUCCACGGUCCUGGACAUCGGGGAGUGCCUGACGGUCCCAGAUGAGUUCUCGGAGCGGGAGAAGAUGACCGGGACCUGGUGGAAGCAGCUGGUGGCCGGCGCGGUGGCGGGGGCCGUGUCUCGGACCGGCACGGCGCCCCUGGAUCGCCUCAAGGUCCUCAUGCAGGUCCACGCCUCCAAGACCAACCGGCUGAACAUGUGGGGGGGGCUCCGGAGCAUGGUCCUGGAGGGGGGCGUGCGCGCCCUGUGGCGGGGCAACGGGAUCAACGUGCUCAAGAUCGCCCCCGAGUCCGCCAUCAAGUUCAUGGCCUACGAGCAGGUGGGAGCAGAUCAAACGCGCCAUCCGAGGGCAGCAAGAGACCCUCCAAGUGCAGGAACGCUUCGUGGCAGGAUCCCUGGCCGGAGCCACCGCCCAGACCAUCAUCUACCCCAUGGAGGUGCUGAAGACCCGGCUGACCCUGCGUCGCACCGGCCAGUACUCAGGGCUGGUGGACUGUGCCCGGAAGAUGCUGGAACAAGAGGGGACCCGGGCCUUCUAUCGUGGGUACCUGCCCAACGUGCUGGGCAUCAUCCCCUAUGCGGGCAUCGACCUGGCCGUGUACGAGACUCUGAAGAACCGAUGGCUUCAGAAGUACAGCUACGAGUCGGCCAACCCGGGCAUCCUGGUGCUCCUGGCCUGCGGCACUGUGUCCAGCACCUGUGGCCAGAUCGCCAGCUACCCCCUGGCCCUGGUCCGCACCCGAAUGCAGGCCCAAGCCUCGGUGGAGGGCGGUCCCCAGGCCUCCAUGCUGGGUUUGUUCAGACACAUCCUGGCCCAGGAGGGCGUGCGGGGGCUGUACCGAGGCAUCGCCCCCAACUUCAUGAAGGUCAUCCCGGCCGUCAGCAUGUCCUACGUGGUUUACGAGAACAUGAAGCAGGCUCUGGGGGUCACAUCCAGCAGGGGGAGGCUUCCCCUGACCACUGGAUCUCAGAUCCUUUCAUCUUGGAUCACUGGAUCCCAGAUUCUCUCACCCAAUCACUGGAUCCCCAAGUUCCUUUACCUCAACAAUACCUCCCCAGAUCCCUCUGCAUCAACCUCCACCUCCCUCAACACCUCCCCACCACCACCAACCCCCACCAUCACCAGCUCCCUGGAUCAAGUCCCCGACCCACUGGAUCCCAGAUCCCAAAAGCCACAACGAGGAGAGCCCAGCGGCAGAGUGAGAGGAAUCCAGGGCAGCCCACAGGCACAGGGGAUCCUGAAAAUUGAGCCCUCAAGGGCCGAGCCUGGUACUUCUCCACACUGGAUCCCAGCCCUCCCCUCCCCUGGAACCCCACGUUUGAACCCCACCCCACCCCCAGCACUGGAUCCUGAGUGUUGAGAUCUUAAUACCCUCCUUAGUAGCCUCCUGACCUCCUGCCCAGCCCACCCCCCAUCAUCAUCACACCCUCCUCCCCCAACUUGUGACUGGUACUCCAUGGCCCAAGGAGACAGUAGCUGGGGGGGGGUGUCUCUCGCAUCAUAAACUGCCCCUCACCCCCCCAAAAAAAAAUGCUUCACCACCCUCCCAAGCUCUGCUGGGCCCCCCACCUGCCUGCCACUUUGUAAGCUAAGCAUCCCA